UCUCUGGAGGCAGAAACCCAAGAGACCCGGCGGCGGCGGCAGCGGCAGCGAUCGCUGGGCGGAGUCGUCGACAGGCAGCCACAAACGAGCAGCAAUGUUCGGAAUGAUCAGAAAUUCCCUUUUCGGCUCGGCGGAGGUUUGGCCCUGCCGAGUCUUGAGCAAGGGGGAGAAGGACGACGUGGCCUAUGAGGAAAGGGAAUACGACGGUGGAAAGUUUGCCACUGUCGAGCUUGCUGGAAAGCCAUUUGAUGAGGCCUUACGUGAAGCGGUGCUGAAACUCCUCAAAUACGUGGGGGGAAGCAAUGACCAAGGAGCCGGAAUGGGGAUGAUGGCUCCAGUGUGCAGCACUGUAUAUCCUGCAGAUGACGGGUCAUUGCAGCAGAAGGUGAAAGUCUUGCUACGGAUCCCCAGCCAGUUUCAGGCCAAUCCUCCUUCACCUACUGAUGAGAGCAUCCGGAUUGAAGAGAGGGAAGGAAUGGCGGUUUACUCCACGCAAUUUGGAGGCUAUGCCAAAGAAGUGGAUUAUGUGAAUUAUGCAGCCAAGCUAACUUCUGUUGUAGGAAAUGAAGAAACCUUCCACAAAGACUUUUAUUUUUGCAAUGGCUACGAUCCUCCCAUGAAACCCUAUGGGCGACGCAAUGAGGUGUGGCUGUUGAAAAAGUGAACAAUCCGAAAACAAAAAAAAUUGGAGGUGGGAAGAAUAGGAAGGGAAAUAUCCACAGAUGCCAUAGAAAGCUGGGGGUUUUGAUGAGAUUCAACCAGCAUGUUUUGAGCCUUUAACAACAACAACAACAACAACAACAACAACAGGUUUUAAUUAAAAUGUUUGCUUCUAAUAAAAACAUUUUAUAUAAAAA